CUAAACCCAGCGUAAAUGGGUUAUGAAAGGAAUUGAAAAUUAAACCCCUCUUUAGUCAUAAAGAAGAAAUAUGAUUAAUCAAUUUAUCCAUGUGAUUGUGAUUUUGGUGUUGAAGAGAAGAGAGCAGGCACUUUCCGCGUGUUUUUCAACAAUUUAAGCACGCAACCUUCCAAAUUCGGAGAUACUCAACUCUAUUUUUUUCCUUCUCGCUCUAGAUCUCUCUUUCAUUUCCCCAAAUUCAGUCCUUCAGUUUUCCGAAUUAUGUCCGACGCUUUGAUCAACGGCCUCGCCGGCGCCGGCGGCGGAAUAAUUGCUCAGCUCAUUACAUAUCCUCUCCAAACUGUAAAUACUCGGCAACAAACAGAGAGAGAUCCGAAGAAGGAGAGGAGGAAAAUUGGGACUUUAGAACAAAUGUAUCAGGUUGUAAAGCAGGAAGGGUGGGAGCGGCUAUACGGAGGAUUAGCGCCGUCGCUCGUCGGCACUGCUGCUUCUCAGGGUGUUUACUAUUAUUUCUAUCAAAUAUUCAGGAACAAGGCCGAAGCUACUGCUCUUGAGCGAAAGAGAAAUGGCUUUGGUGAUGGAUCAGUUGGAAUGCUCUCAUCGCUUGUAGUUGCUGCUAUGGCUGGGUGUGUAAACGUGCUGCUGACAAAUCCUAUUUGGGUAGUUGUGACUCGCAUGCAGACACACACAAAGAAAAGCCAACCAAAUUCUACGGGUUUGCUGUCCCCUGAGGAUGUAAUUCCUUCUGCAGUGGAACCUCCUCCCUUUGGUACUAGCCUUGCGAUUCAAGAAGUUUAUGGUGAAGGGGGAGUCUUUGGAUUUUGGAGAGGUGUUUUACCAACACUGAUCAUGGUAAGCAAUCCUUCAAUACAGUUUAUGCUGUAUGAGACUCUCUUGAAGAAGCUGAAGAAGCGACGGCUUUCAAGCAAUAAGGGCAACAGUAAUGUCACUGCCUUUGAGAUAUUUUUGUUGGGAGCUAUGGCAAAACUUGGAGCUACAGUAGUGACAUAUCCUCUUCUGGUCGUCAAGUCGCGGCUUCAAGCAAAGCAAAUAGCUGCAGACAAAAGGCAUCAAUACAGAGGCACCUUGGAUGCCAUCGUAAAGAUGAUAAGAUAUGAAGGUUGCUACGGUUUCUAUAAGGGCAUGAGUACAAAAAUCGUGCAAAGCGUGCUUGCAGCUGCUGUGCUUUUUAUGGUGAAGGAAGAACUUGUCAAGGGUAGCAGAUGGUUGUUAUCGAGUGAUCCGGUGAAACUGAAACAACGGUGAUGUGAUGCUGUGUCGGUAAGUUACUGCCGCCGGAAAACUUCUACUACUGGAAUCCCAAAAUGGAUACAUUAUAAUAAAUAUAAAUGUACACUAGUCCGCCAUGUCUGUAACGUGGACAGAAAAUUGAUGUUCAAAUUAGUCUCAGAUUAUUGAUCAUCGUGCUACUAUCGAACAAUGUAAUGUAACGUAUUCAAUAUUAAUCUAAAAGGCUAAAAUAUCCAUAUUUUUAA